AUGACUGGCAGCAUCAAAGCAGAGCAGCCGGAGGGACGGCGAAGAGACUCUCCAUGGAGACGGCAGGAAGAUUUGCUCAUCAACGACGUCGUCAUAGCCCAGGCGAUCGUAGGAAUGCUCGUCACCGGCUCGGGCUUCCUGGCGCUGACGUGGUCGACGGUGGUUCUCCUCGGCGGCUUCGUGUCCGCGCUGCCCAUCAAGGAGUUUUGGUUCCUCACAGCAAUCGGCACAGUGCUUGCCUCCACGGUCUUGCGCAUCCAAGAUUUCGGUAUUGAGACUAUGGUGGCAGUAAACAACGCUGCAUUUGAUCUGCGUAAGUACACUGAAAAAUCUGAAGAUGACAUUCGGGCUGUCAUUACGAGGAUGUAUUUUGGGGUGAAGCUGCUUAUCAAGAAUAUACUAGUGAUAAUAGUAGCGAUUCUAAUUGAAGCCGUGCUGCUCAUAAAUUCGUUUGGACCGAUGGCAUCCAUGGUGAUCUCAGUGAUGCGCUUAAGACAACACGAUUAUGAUGGGUCAGAUGCCACAAACAAAGGAAAGUUGAGGGCAGCCCUGUUCAUAUUUUACUCUCUAGCUCUGGUCCACAGCGUGUGCUUCUACUGCUGGUUCAUGCUGCAGUUUUCUCUUGCGAACCGCGCCAAGUUGCUGGCCACACAAUCUGGGCUCGACAAGUACCACAAAUGGGGCCAAAGAUUGCCCCUUCAAUACAUCCAUGACACCAAAACCAAGUGUGGAAACGAUCUAAGGUUGCCAGGUGACUGGAACUUAAUCACAUAUGCUGUUGGAUUGCUGGAAUCUGUAUAUCGGGGUGAUGUUCUGGACGGUUUAAGGAUGCUUGAUGUGUUCGUCGUCGAGAAGACACUACCUAUACGGAUGGAGUUACUGUCCUCUAAGAACUCCAUCCAGAAUCUCAUCACAAUGCUGGAGUUCACUAGCCCGGACCUCAAGGACCAAGAGAUGAGAGAACGCGCCGCCAGGAUUGUGGCGAAUGUUGCCGGUGAACUUCGCGUAGGCGUAGCUCAGAUCCCAGAAGGAGCGCUGCAAUGCAUAUGUUCUCUGAUGGAACCCUCUCGGCCGAGACAGCGCCACCAAGAGGAAGAAGAAAAGGAACAGCAACGGUAUCAUCAACACCAACUGGAAGGUGAAGAUGAAGAAGCCUCAGUGCAAGGCCAAGUGAUGGACGAAAUAAUAGAUCGUCAGGUAGCAAUGAUGAGGGAAGAGAGGCAGAGGAUGAUCGAAGAUGAAUCCUUCAAGCCGAAAGGUACUAGAGAAUUAAUUCAUCAGGGCCUACAGAUUCUUGAGAGGCUCUCACGCGACGACAACAACUGUAGAGAGAUAUGCAACAGCCAAGGGCUGCUUCCCAAGAUCAUCUCGCCUAUUGCUUCCUCCUCUUUCCUCGACGCAGAAUAUGAUAGUGAAUGGAUUGACAUCCUAAGCAUUUUGCUGAGGCUGGUGAGGCGGCUUACCGGCGCUCCUGGAGAAGCUGGCGGAAGGUUGUGCCAUGAAAUCUGGACAAGCAAGGAUGCAGUCCGCAACUUGUUGGGUAUUCUUGACGGCCAAAUCAAAUGUUCAUUGCAACUUCAGGAAAACGCCAUGGAGAUUCUUACAGAAAUAGCAAUACGCAUCCCUUCAGUCAUGACUGAGAGUUUAGUUAAGAAGUUGUGCCACAUCUUCCUUGCGAACAGCGGGAUGAGCGGAUUGAGGAUAAAAGCAGGAGAAGCCCUUGUAAAAUUGCUUUCUGCUCAAGGUGCAAGCGGAGUGGCACCUAUGAUGGAGGUAUUCUGCAAAAGCAAAAUAGCCGUUGAUGAACUCACCAAUAUACUUGUUAAAGACAAGGAAUGCCAGAUAAGUGCAGCAGCAAUACUGGAGCUCUUUUGUUGUCGUUCUGUAAGGGGCUACCAGCUAUUAGACCAAUAUGAUGUGGUCAAUCUGCUGUCGAAGAUUGUUGGUCUCAUCCUAGAUAGUAAAACAGAAGGAAACAAGGAAAAUCAACCUGAGCCAAGGGAAAACAAUAGUUCUGAAACACAUAAUGAUGAAGAAAGCCAACCUCCAAAACAAGCUGGUCAGAACAAGUCCUUGGUGGAGAUAAAUGAUGAGCUAUGUGAAGAAAGGAAAUAUCUGGCAGCUAUGCUGUCCCUUCUGGUGGUGAUAUGUGAAAAAAUGGUUGAUGCAGGUGUUGUUGCUCAAGUAACAUCUGUAGAUGAAGCAUUGGUGAAGAAGCUCAAGAAGAUAAUAGAAGCAAAUAGUGAAAACACAGCUGACUGUCUGGGAAUAGUGAAACUUGCCUGUCAGGCGGUUAUAGCAACAAUUCAUCUCAAACCUAGCUGCCUCAAAGACUUCAAUGAAAAUAAUUUCGACAAUGUACUGUCCAUGGCUUUGGGGAGCAUGUCAGAUAUCGAUAACUGCAUGCUAUUUGCAGUCAAAGAUGAUGAGAUAACAAAGACUACCAGAACUCUCUCUUCUCUUAUAAAAGAAGCACAGGUACUCCUUCAGAAACAAGAAGAAACAGGUAACAGUUCUACCUGAGUAAAGUCAUGUGCUGCGAGAUUAAGAGAUCAUCGAGUGUACUGUUCACCUGAAGACAGCUGAAGUUAUCUAUUUUCUGCAAUACGCGUGCAAACGGAGUGUGCCAUUUCUAUAUUCUGUAUUUCGUGUGUGCUUUGCCAAUUUUCUUUACUACGUCUGCAAAUGGAGUGUGUCUCGAACAAUGUAUGAAUUAUGAUUACUUCAAAAUCAAGUACCAUUAUUAAUACAAGUCCUGUUGUAUGUCUGAAAUGGCAGUAUAAUUAGGGGUAAUAAUUAUUUCAAAAUUAUGGAUAGAAGUUAGUUCAC